AUGCAAUUGUCUUUAUCAGUAUUAUCAACUGUUGCCACUACACUUUUGGCAUUCACAACUACUGCUGUUGAUGCCAAGACUCAUUCAAUCAAGUUGAAUAAGUUGUCAAAUGAAGAAACUUUGGAUGCUACGAAGUUUCAAGAGUAUACUAAUGCAUUGGCCAACAAGUAUUUGAAUUUGUUCAAUAAAGCUAAUGGUAACCCACAGGCAUUUGGUGCUCAACAAAUAUUAUCGUCAGGAGACAAGAGAAAGAAACACUCAGCCGAUAUUCCAUUUGUUACUCCUGAAGGAAAAGAUGGUAAAUACGAAGCACCAUUGACCAAUUAUUUGAAUGCGCAAUAUUUCACUGAGAUCCAAAUUGGUACUCCUGGCCAAACCUUUAAGGUUAUUUUGGAUACUGGUUCAUCUAAUUUAUGGGUGCCAUCUCAAGAUUGUACAUCAUUGGCUUGCUUUUUGCAUUCAAAGUAUGACCACGACUCCUCAUCCACCUAUAAGGCGAAUGGAUCAGAAUUUUCGAUUCAAUAUGGUUCAGGUUCAAUGGAGGGUUACAUUUCUCAAGAUACAGUUAGUAUUGGGGACUUGGUUAUUCCGAAACAAGACUUUGCUGAGGCCACUUCAGAACCAGGUUUAGCAUUUGCAUUUGGUAAAUUUGAUGGUAUAUUGGGUUUGGCUUAUGAUACAAUUUCCGUCAACAAGAUUGUGCCACCAAUUUACAAUGCCCUUAAUCAAGACUUGCUUGAUGCUCCACAAUUUGGAUUUUAUUUGGGUGAUACCAACAAGGAUGAAGAAGAUGGUGGUGUUGCCACUUUUGGUGGAUACGAUGAGUCACUUUUCCAAGGUAAGAUUACAUGGUUGCCAGUUAGAAGAAAGGCUUACUGGGAAGUUUCAUUUGAAGGAAUUGGGUUGGGUGAAGAAUAUGCCGAAUUAACCAAGACUGGUGCAGCAAUUGAUACCGGUACUUCAUUGAUUACUUUACCUUCAACUUUGGCUGAAAUCAUCAAUGCCAAGAUUGGUGCAACCAAGUCCUGGUCGGGUCAAUACCAAGUUGAUUGUGCCAAGAGAGAUGAAUUACCCGAUUUAACGUUGACAUUUUCCGGUUACAACUUUACUUUAACUGCUUAUGAUUAUGUUUUGGAAGUUGGUGGCUCAUGUAUUUCAGUAUUCACCCCAAUGGAUUUCCCUAAACCAAUUGGAGACUUGGCAAUUAUUGGAGAUGCAUUUUUGAGAAGAUAUUACUCUAUUUAUGAUUUGAAAAAGAAUGCUGUUGGUUUAGCUCCAUCAAAGGUUUAA